UGAUAAAAUUAGAAAAUUUUAAUCAGGGACUCAGAAGUCAGAGGAAAAACGUAACACAUUCUUCUUAUUUAUAUACAGUAAAGCACGAAAAACUCGCUGUAGUGCGUGACUGAAAGUCUAAAAAAACAAUACAAUCUGGUAAUAAUAAAACAAUCAAAUAUCAAGAAUGAAUGGGCGCAUAAAUGAUAAACAGAGAGCAAUCUAACAUCUACACAACUACAUGUAUGUAUAUGUAUAUGUAUGUAUAUAUGCAUCUACCAAUCCAAAUGGCACCUCGUCUUCUCAAACUUGGUGGCCGAUGCGGCGGAUUUCAAUGGAACAGUGAGAUGGCAUUCAAUUUUGGGCUUCUUCCCUAUCUUAACCUUGAUCCAUCUCCUAAGCUUCAGCCUGAUUUUCAAUCUCAGCUUCACAUCAAUUUCGUAGGCCCCUGCGUUCUUCUCGCCGUCGUAGCUCCGCCUAUCUCCGGCGUCGAUAGAAACGACCUGCGAGCCCGUAAAAGGCUGGAUCUUGAAGGCGGUGGUGUUCUUGUGGCCCUGGUAGAACGCCGCCACGUUCUGGUGGGUGGAAAGCCGUUGACCCUUGUAGAACGCCGACGCUUCGAUGGAAUCGUAGUAGACUCCGAUCCGUUUGUUCGGGUUCCGGACGGACACGUCGACGGCGAGGUUGUAGCGGAGGGUGUUGUUGGCGAGGUCGAACUGGGUGAGGGUGGCGUCGUCGACGUAGAAUUUGAGCUGGUUCGGGCGGAGGACGAGCCAGAGCACCACCGCCAACAAGCCCAGAAUCACGAGGACGGUGCAGAUGAGCUGGCAGAUGCAAUUGUAGAUGCAGCUGCAGAGGCAGCUGAUGGGGUUGCAGCCUCCGCCGCGGGUGCUGUGGCGGUGGUAGGUGUUCGCUUCCUUCAUGGCUCAAUUAAUAAAGUAAAUGGUAUACUCGAUGAAAUUGGAGCAGAAAUAAGCCUCGGUUUUAUGGUAAUAAAUUGCUGGUAUUAUAAGAUGAGUGUGUUGUUUUAUGUUUGGGUGUGGAUGUGUGUAUAUAUAGCUUUGUUGAAUGGUGGAGUUUAGUGGACCGUGUGAGAUAAUUUGGUGUGUAAUUACGCGGUGGCGUGACUAUGGUGAUGAGGUUUAAUAUUUGUUUGUGAUGGAUUAUAAUUUUCAACACGAAAAAACGAUGUAUCCUGGAAAGUUCCAUCUUCGUUCCUAUUUGGAUUUGGGUUGACCAUGGAUAUAUAUACACCAAGUACCGUGUAAUACGAAGUACGUAGUAAUAAUAAUUACCUAAAGUCUACGCGAGACGCGGACACCAGGUUUU